GCUGUCAUUCGGCCAGAUACGUCGGACCGGCCGCACGCGUGCUCGCUCCCUCCGCGUACAUAACUAACUUUAGAAAUAAUAUAGUGUUUGUGAUCGUGACGUUCAGUGACAGUUUUUUGUUUUCAAAUUUGGAAUUUGGUAUUCUAAAUUGUGUUGUGAGUGUUCGUUUUUUUUUUCUUCAUAAACUGAGUGUUUGAAGAUGCUGACCAAAACCAAUGAAAGACAUUAAAACCCAAAGAAAAUGUAUCCGCAAACCAUUCACAUUUACGAAAUAAGAUGAACGUAGUAUCACCGAAAAUGAGACUGAUACUCACACAAACAAGACACAAUGCAUGAACACAGCUAUAGAUCUUUAUCAAAAAAUGUACUGGAAGUAACUGAUCUGAACGACGUAUUUGAAGAGACAGUCAAUUACACUAUAGAUAGUAUCUUCGAUGUCCUAGCAAAUGAUACUGGAAAUGGCACAAUUGUCGUUGAUGGAGAAGCUUCGGUGAACAAUUGGUGGGCGUUGAUAGCGAUAAUGCUAGUUGUGUGUACAGCUGCGGGGAACGUAUUAGUCUGUUUAGCGAUCUAUUUGGAAAGGAGGCUGCAGAAUGUGACGAAUUAUUUUUUGAUGUCGCUCGCGAUUACUGAUCUGCUUGUCGCUAUAUUGGUGAUGCCGCUGGGGAUUCUUACGUUGCUAAGAGGCUAUUUCCCCCUCCCCGCAAUAUACUGCCUGUGCUGGCUCUGUCUCGACGUCCUACUCUGCACAGCAUCCAUCAUGCAUCUAUGUACCAUCAGCGUGGACAGGUAUCUCUCUCUCCGGUAUCCAAUGAGGUUCGGCAGAAACAAGACGAGAAAGAGAGUGACAGUGAAGAUCGCCUUCGUCUGGAUACUGUCGUCGGCCAUGAGUCUUCCAUUGGUUUUAAAAUAUUCUAAGAAUGCAGAUUCAGUCCUCAUAGAUGGUUCGUGCCAAGUUCCCGACAACUUGUACAAGGCUAUCGGGUCUAUCAUAUCGUUCUACAUACCUCUUGGCGUGAUGCUGCUGACGUACGCGCUGACCAUUCAACUCCUGGCGCGGCAGAGGAAAGGGCUGGGCGCUGGUUGGGCUCCCGGAUGGCUUGGAGCUCCUCCUAUAGGUCGGCGUUGCACUUGGCGCAGAUUCCUGGGCCCUCGUGGUGGCACGCCCCAGCAUUCAGCUGCUUCUACUGAGACUGAACUGCCGCCGAUUGACACCAGGGACCUGUGGAUACAAGACUCAAGCGAGCCUGCCCCGUCAGCAAUGACUGCACUGCAUCAGUUUGGGGCAGAGAUGUUGCGUCUAUCUCGCGGCUUGGAAGCUUCUGCGGCGACAAAGCCACAAUACAGAGGGACGAAUAUAUCUGAACGAGGAGGGAUGCUAACACCAGGGUCUUUAAGCGUCUCUUCGAGUUCUCCUUCAUCAAUGCUUCAAGAUCGGCGUAGACCAUCGUCUACUGGAGACCCGAAUACUCCCAUCCAUAGACCAAGAAGCGCUUCUGAUGACGAAAGCAAUGAAGGUCUUUUAGCACCAGCUGCUUUGACGGCAAAGUCACGCAGUUCUGAAGACGGCCUACUCCUGCCACCUCCUUGCACUUGCCCUUAUUUUGGGUCUGAGUCAACUCCUCCUAGGCGUACAACAGAAGUCAUAAUAGUUCCUGGCGGAGACAUAAAUGGGUGCAAUGGAUAUCCUAGGAAUGGGAAUAUGAAAGAGGAACAGUCGACCCCAUUUUUUAGAAGGUCAAGUCGUGGUGCAGCCUCCAUGGUCACUUGGGAUGAAGCUAAAAGAUUUCGUAGAGGUUCGAGUUUUGGAGGAGCUAGGACUACUCUAUCUACUCCAAUCCGCAGCAUCCGUGCUCAAAGAACUAUAGCCCGGUCACAGCAAGUGACUGCUAGUCCACAGCGUCAAACGCCUAGAACGCAUCAUUCUAGGAAUUCUAGUGUAAUAUCUAGGAAUUCGUCUCGUCACGGUAGGAUCCUUCGAUUGGAGCAAAAAGCGACAAAAGUUUUAGGAGUUGUAUUUUUCACAUUUGUGAUUCUCUGGGCUCCGUUUUUCAUUCUAAAUAUGGUGCCAGCUGUGUGUCCUGACUGCGAGGAGAGGAUCUCACCUUGGGUGUAUGACUUCGCCUUGUGGUUGGGUUACGCUAGUUCGAUGGUGAACCCGAUAUUCUACACGAUAUUCAAUAAAAUAUUCAGACAAGCCUUUAAGAAGGUCCUGAUGUGUGGGUACUGGAAGUCGACGAGGUAGCCGGCACCCUGGGAGCGCGUUCGGCCGACUUCAGACCCUGGUCUGGGAGCGCUCUCAGUCAAUAGAAAUAUCCGAUCUCAGUUUGUAUGAACUCAUUGAAGAGCUUUAAGUAUUACGCUUCUAGAUUUUAGCAUGCGUCAGUGGUCUUUAGUUUAGGAUCUAAGCAACAAUUUGAAGAGAGUCAUUAACAGGAAAAUAAUUUCGAGGGCAUCAGAGUAUUCUUUCGGUAAUUGAAACUGUGGACAGUUUAUAAAACUUUUUAACUUCACCUUUGAUUUCAAACAAUAAAAAUUUAUUUCCUUCAUCAUUUUUCAAGCAAUUACUACAACUUAGCUUAAUCUAAGUUACAAUCUACUGCCGUUAUAUAAUUACUAAGUGCCCCUCGCGUUGAUAGACUUCAUUAAGCGUUUAUGUUUUAAUAACACCUCUCAUACCUACAGCGCACAAAUAGAAAUAUUUGCCUUCACUCUGACCUCAUAAAGUCACUGUUAACUUACUGCAGAGUUUUUA